AUCGGCUGUCUACCGGUAAUCGGAAACCGUUGGCGGCCGCUUUUUCUGCAACGAUAUAUAUGGCUUUUAUCUACUUUCCGAGAUUUUAUCACCACAUAGAACAUCAUGAAAAAGAAUCACAUUUCCAAUAAAUCAAGAAUCCUGUUGUUGUUCACUGGUGUUCUUGUUGCUGCCGCAUUCAUUUUCAAUUACUUAUGGGCUUCAUCUUCCCAUUCUUCUGCUGCAUUUACCCCUAUCCAUUACAACUGGGUUCGUGAGAAAAAUGAUCUUGUAACCCUACCUAAUUUCUUCAAUGGCACUGAUGAGAUUGCAAGUUUUAAAGAUGAAAAAGAUAAAAUCCCUGAGAGGUUACUAUCAGGAACCUUUGCUGAUUUACCUGCACCCGAAACCGAAUGGGAAGAGAUGGCACCCGCGCCUGUGCCACGGCUUGAUGGCGCUUCGAUACAAAUCAAUGAACUCUUUUAUGUGUUUUCUGGAUAUAGAAACCUUGACCAUGUACAUUCCCAUGUUGACGUUUACAAUUUCACAAACAACAAAUGGGAAGAAAGCUUUGCCACACCGAAACAAAUGGCUAAUUCCCAUUUAGGAAUGGCUACCGACGGGAGAUAUAUAUACGUUGUCUCAGGGCAACAGGGACCUCAAUGUCGAACUCCUCCUGUAGCCGAAACAUUUGUGCUCGAUACUCAAACAAGAAAAUGGCAAUCAUUUCCCCCAUUGCCAGAACCAAGGUAUGCUCCUGCAACUCAAGUUUGGAGGGGAAGACUUCAUGUGAUGGGUGGCGGCAGGGAGAAUCGCCAUACGCCCAGUACAGAUCAUUGGAGUAUUGCGGUGAAAAAUGGCAAACCGUUGGAGAAAACAUGGAGGAAAGAAGUGCCAAUUCCUCGUGGAGGUCCGCAUAGAGCAUGUGUUGCUGUUGGUGAUCGGCUGUAUGUUAUUGGUGGUCAAGAGGGUGACUUUAUGCCUAAACCAGGGUCACCUAUUUUCAAGUGUUCACGAAGGCAUGAGGUAAUUUACGGUGAUGUUUACAUGCUUGAUGACAAAAUGAAGUGGCAUACAUUGCCACCUAUGCCUAAACCCGAUUCACAUAUAGAAGCUUCAUGGGUAGUUCUCAACAAUUCCAUUGUGAUCGCUGGGGGCACAACCGAGAAAAAUCCCGUGACAAAGCGAAUGAUAUUAGUUGGAGAGCUUUUCCAGUUUGAUCUCAACUCAAAGAAAUGGCACGUGAUUGGAAAACUUCCCUAUCGUGUGAAAACUACGCAAGCAGCAUACUGGAAUGGAUGGUUUUAUAUCACGUCGGGACAGCGAGACAAAGGACCAGACAAUCCACAACCGAAGAAAGUUGUGGCAGACUUAUGGCGAACCAAAUUGAGCUUGUAAAAAGAUCGUUCUCAUUUCUCAAACGAAUUUAUUUCUUUUGUCGCGAAAUAGUAUACAAUCAAGAGUAAAUUUGUUCCAGUUUUGAUAGUUAAUGCAUUUUGCCACACCAUGAUAAAUAUAGCUUCAAAUUUUAUCA